CUCAUUUUCCAUAUUUGAUUGGAGGCAAGAUGGUGCUGAUGCCACCCAAACCUCUCACGCUCUCCUGAACUCGGCUCACCAUCUUGCCUUAGACAACACGCAGCUCAGCACACCAGGCAUGGAACUCUAUGUGUGAUCCUUGCUGUAACUCUGCGCGUGCUUCCUGAUGGACAUCGCCGGCUAUUUUGCAGAAUUCAGACAGAAUAUGGCGUCGGCGGGGCAUAGAGAAGCUGCAGCAGUGGGCAGCGUCGCCUCUGGCCCCGGCCAGCCUGAGUCACAGCACAGUUGGACAUAGAGCCGUGGCAGCAGUACGCACAGUGGCUCAUCCACUCUGGGGUGCUGUCAGCCAACCACCGGGUAACCUGGGACUUGGUGCAGGUGUUCGACCUGGCACAGACCCUCCGAUAUAGGGUCCUGCUCUGCCAGCUGCUCAACAACCUCCAGGCGCACUUUAUCAACCUCAAGGAGAUCAACCUGAAGCUGCAGAUGUCCCAGGUGCUGCCCAGAGACACAGGCAGGAGUAGAUCCGACCCUGCCUGCAGAGAACAGGAUCUCUGGGCCCUCACAAACAGCGGCCACAGCACCUAAACAGCAGAAGCAACGGCCUACCAACUCCCGGGAUGAGCGCUUCCGAUGUUCACACUGAAGCUGUGCAAGCAGCUUUGGCCAAAUACAAAGAGAGGAAGAUGCCUAUGCCUUCAAAAAGGCGAUCUGUUCUUGCGCAUGCAUCUGUGGAGACCUACACCCCUCCAGACACGUCAUCUGCCUCAGAAGAUGAGGGUUCUUUACGGCGACCCGGGCGACUCACCUCCACUCCGCUUCAGAGCCAUUCCAACAUUGAGCCCUGGCUCGACCGAGCUCUUCAGGGCUCAUCCACCUCAUCCUCUGCAUCCUCCACCUCAUCUCACCCGGGAGGGCGACCUGCUGCCUCAGGCCCUGCUGUCCACGCCCAUGUAGCAGGUAUGCAUGCUGCCCCUCCUGAUGUCACCACAGGCCUUGUGGAGCACGCGCCGUGUGAAUGUCCGCAGCUGACUUCUGUAAGAGGUGUCCCUCGGGGCUGCAGCAGGAGUGUCCUGGAAACAGCAGGGGGUGUCCCUGUGAACAGCAGAGUCUCCUCCAAAAUCCAGCAGCUUCUGAACACCCUGAAGAGGCCAAAGCGCCCACCACUGAAGGAAUUCUUUGUGGAUGAUUUUGAGGAGUUGUUGGAAGUUCAGCAACCGGAUCCAAACCAACCAAAGCCUGAGGGAAGCCAGACGGUGGUACUGAAAGGGGAGCCUGUGGCCCUGGCAUCACCAUGGCCACCAUCGCUACUGGCCGCCUUGCAGCAGUGGGGCACCAUGCAUCCCAAAGCCUCCUGUCUGACUGCUUUGGACACAGCAGGGAAGGCAGUCUAUACCCUCACCUAUGGCAAACUUUGGAAUCGGAGUUUAAAGCUAGCUUAUACUCUGCUUAAUAAACUGACUAGUAAGAAUGAACCACUACUGAAACCUGGAGACAGAGUGGCACUGGUGUUCCCCAACAGCGACCCUGUGAUGUUCAUGGUUGCAUUUUAUGGAUGUCUUCUGGCAGAGCUGGUUCCUGUUCCCAUAGAAGUGCCAUUAACAAGGAAGGAUGCUGGUAGCCAGCAGAUUGGGUUUCUGCUGGGAAGCUGUGGGGUUACCCUGGCACUGACCACAGAUGCUUGUCAGAAGGGCCUGCCCAAGGCACAGACGGGAGAGGUGGCAGCUUUCAAAGGUUGGCCUCCCCUGGCCUGGCUGGUGAUUGAUGGGAAACAUCUGGCCAAGCCUCCCAAGGACUGGCAGCCGUUGACUCAGGAUGCAGGAGCUGGGACCGCCUAUAUUGAGUAUAAAACCAGUAAAGAAGGCAGCACAGUGGGCGUCACAGUGUCCCAUGCUUCCCUCCUGGCACAGUGCCGGGCUCUGACCCAGGCAUGCGGCUACUCAGAAGCUGAAACAUUAACAAAUGUGCUGGAUUUCAAAAGGGAUGCUGGCCUGUGGCAUGGAGUGUUAACAAGCGUCAUGAAUAGGAUGCACGUGAUCAGUAUCCCAUAUGCACUGAUGAAGGUGAACCCGCUCUCCUGGAUCCAGAAAGUAUGUUCCUAUAAAGCCCGGGCUGCCCUCGUGAAGUCUCGCGACAUGCACUGGUCUCUACUAGCUCAGCGGGGUCAGAGGGACGUCAGCCUCAGUUCGCUGCGCAUGCUGAUCGUGGCCGAUGGUGCUAACCCAUGGUCCAUAUCCUCUUGUGAUGCAUUCCUCAACGUAUUCCAGUCCAGAGGGUUGAGACCGGAGGUCAUCUGUCCCUGUGCCAGCUCUCCUGAAGCACUGACAGUUGCCAUCCGCAGGCCACCUGAUCUGGGAGGACCUCCUGCAAGGAAAGCUGUCCUGUCAAUGAAUGGUCUCAGCUAUGGUGUGAUUAGAGUUGACACUGAGGAAAAGUUGUCCGUCCUCACUGUUCAGGAUGUUGGUCAAGUCAUGCCUGGAGCUACAUUGUGUGUUGUGAAGGUGGAAGGUACCCCUCAUCUCUGUAAGACAGAUGAAGUCGGAGAAAUAUGUGUUCAUUCUGGGGCAACUGGUUCAGCUUACUAUGGACUAUUGGGCAUCACCAGGAAUGUCUUUGAGACUGUUCCGGUCACUGCAGGAGGAGUGCCCAUCUCUGACAAGCCUUUCACCAGAACGGGACUGCUGGGCUUCAUCGGGCCUGGUAACUUGGUCUUUGUCGUGGGCAAACUGGACGGGCUGAUGGUGGUCGGAGUACGCAGGCACAAUGCAGAUGAUGUCGUGGCCACUGCCCUGGCUGUUGAACCCAUGAAGUUUGUCUACAGAGGCAGGAUUGCUGUGUUUUCUGUGAGAGUGCUGCACGAUGACCGCAUUGUCCUGGUGGCUGAGCAGCGGCCAGAUGCCUCUGAGGAAGACAGUUUCCAGUGGAUGAGUCGCGUACUGCAGGCCAUUGACAGCAUCCAUCAGGUUGGUGUGUACUGUUUGGCCCUGGUUCCUGCAAACACCUUGCCCAAGGCCCCUCUCGGAGGAAUUCACAUAUCUGAAACCAAGCAGCGUUUUCUGGAGGGAAUGCUGCACCCUUGUAAUGUGUUAAUGUGUCCUCAUACCUGUGUGACCAACCUGCCCAAACCACGCCAGAAACAACCAGAGGUCGGACCAGCCUCCAUGAUUGUUGGGAACCUUGUUGCUGGGAAGAGGAUUGCGCAGGCCUCUGGGCGAGAACUAUCCCACCUGGAAGACAGUGACCAGGCGCGGAAGUUCCUGUUCCUGCCUGAUGUGCUGCAGUGGCGGGCACACACCACUCCUGACCACCCACUGUUCCUGCUGCUCAACGCCAAGGGCACAGUCACGAGCACCGCAACCUGUGUCCAGCUGCAUAAACGGGCUGAGAGGGUGGCUGCUGCCUUGACUGAGAAGGCGCGACUGAGUGUUGGGGACCAUGUGGCUUUGGUGUACCCUCCAGGGGUGGACCUCAUUGCUGCCUUCUAUGGCUGCUUAUAUUGUGGUUGCGUGCCUGUCACCGUGCGUCCCCCGCACCCUCAGAACCUUGCCACCACACUACCUACUGUGAAGAUGAUCGUGGAGGUCAGCAAGUCUGCAUGCGUGCUCACCACACAGGCGAUCAUGCGGCUGCUGAAGUCCAAAGAAGCCACAGCUGCUGUGGAUGUCAGGGCCUGGCCCACCAUCCUGGAUACAGAUGACAUACCAAAGAGGAAAGUGGCCAGUAUCUUCAGGCCCUCCACACCUGAGGUGCUCGCAUACUUGGACUUCAGUGUGUCAACAACGGGGAUCCUGGCAGGUGUGAAGAUGUCACAUGCGGCCACAAGUGCCUUGUGCCGUUCCAUCAAGCUGCAGUGUGAGCUGUACCCCUCACGGCAGAUUGCCAUAUGUCUUGACCCCUACUGUGGCCUUGGCUUUGCCCUGUGGUGUUUGUGCAGUGUCUACUCAGGCCACCAGUCAGUACUGGUGCCCCCGCUGGAGCUGGAAAGCAAUGUAUCCCUGUGGCUGUCGGCUGUCAGCCAGUACAAGGCACGUGUCACCUUCUGUUCCUACUCUGUGAUGGAGAUGUGCACUAAGGGUCUGGGUGCACAGACCGGCCUCCUCAGGAUGAAGGGGGUGAGUCUGUCCUGUGUGCGCACAUGCAUGGUGGUUGCAGAGGAGCGGCCCCGAAUCGCCCUGACGCAAUCCUUCUGCAAGCUCUUCAAGGACCUGGGCCUGCCUGCACGUGCUGUGAGCACCACCUUCGGCUGCAGGGUUAACGUGGCCAUCUGCCUGCAGCCCAACAGGCUGGGAAAGCUGGCUGAGCAGGGCACGGCAGGUCCAGACCCCACUACCGUGUAUGUGGACAUGAGGGCGCUGCGGCACGACAGGGUGCGUUUGGUGGAACGAGGUUCUCCACACAGUCUGCCGUUGACAGAGUCCGGAAAGAUCCUGCCAGGAGUGAAAGUCAUCAUCGCCCACACAGAGACCAGGGGGCCCCUAGGAGACUCCCAUCUGGGUGAGAUCUGGGUGAGCAGCCCUCACAACGCCACUGGCUACUACACAGUGUACGGGGAGGAGGCUCUGCACGCUGACCACUUCAGUGCCCGUCUGAGUUUCGGAGACACCCAGACUAUUUGGGCAAGGACUGGCUACCUCGGCUUUCUUCGGAGAACAGAGCUCACUGAUGCCAGUGGAGAACGGCACGAUGCCUUGUAUGUCGUGGGGUCUCUGGAUGAGACACUGGAGCUGAGAGGCAUGCGGUACCAUCCCAUCGACAUCGAGACAUCUGUGAUUCGCGCACACAGGAGCAUCGCUGAGUGUGCUGUGUUCACGUGGACCAAUCUGCUGGUGGUGGUGGUGGAGCUGGAUGGGCUCGAGCAGGAUGCGCUGGAUCUGGUGGCGCUGGUGACCAACGUGGUGCUGGAGGAGCACCACCUGGUGGUGGGCGUCGUGGUCAUUGUGGACCCCGGAGUCAUCCCCAUCAACUCCCGGGGCGAGAAACAGCGCAUGCACCUGCGGGAUGGCUUCCUGGCUGACCAGCUGGAUCCUGUAUAUGUGGCCUACAACAUGUGAGCAUAGCUCAUGUCAGGCCCACAUUGCCUGGACCAGCUCCAGGGCAUACUGUGUGUGCCACCCCCGGAGAAAGCGCCACAGGCGGAUUCUGCCCUCUUCUUUAACAAAGCGAGUUCAAUGUUCCCAGAAGUCAUUGAGAAGCCACUUCCUGAACAAUUUGAAGAACUAUUUUGUAUUUCGAAGACCACUUACAAAAACACCAAUGUCAGUGUCUUAAUGGACAGGUGUCUGAAUAGAGAGAGGCUGACUGGCUGGGAAGGCUUAUGGGCACACAGAUGGUCUCUGCUGCAUUGCAAGUUUGCACUUAGCUUAGGCUAAAAACAUUGCUGACCUUAAAUUUUCAAUUGUGUAUUCCCAUUUCACAUGACUGUCAUAUAGAAUUUAUGUAGAGAACGACACUGAGACCCCUAGAGCAGCGCCCAGAAAGAUUGGUACAAAGGGGAGGGGUCCUGGACGUGGAACAGUGACCACAGGCACUUUGCCCAUUUCCUUGUGGCAGAGGUGCCGCUAAGCAGGCAUGGUGCCCUAAGACUUGGUAAGUGCCCUUGCAGGCUGUGAGGUAGCUGCUGUGUUUUGGAAACACUAACAUUUUGCUUUAAUGUCUUGGGUUACACCAUGAUGCUGUUUCGUUGACUACCCCAUUUUCAUGACCCCAGUGAUGGAGGUUUCAGUACACAUCAUUGUUUUUAUUCUGUGUCUGCAGAUCUGGAAGCAUUGGUGGCAAGGGUGAAGACUUCUUGCCCUCCUCACAGCCUCACCCUAUGCUGAGGCCUCAUCCUGGCUUCAUAGUUUGAGUCGUGUGCCUAUAAAAUAUGACCAAACUGUAUUCAGUUAUUUUAGUAAAACCUAACUAACCUGAGUGAUCUAAUAUUAUAGUAGAUCUAAGUGAAAGAGAGAAUGUGAAAAUCUUUUAGAUACUUAAAAAAUUUGAGGUUGAAUUAAAAUCUAAGAUAUAGAUUAUUUUUAUACAGCUAAUGAAGAGUAUGUUAGGGAAUUAUUGGGUUUGGGGGACUCAGGAAGGGAAAGUUCAUAACUCUUGCAUGCUUCAUAGAAACAGCCAGUUUCUUCUGGAAUUACCCUGAAUCAGUGCCUGAUAGAGUUGUUCCAAUUCUCUACCAAAUGGGUAUGCUCACUGGCCUGACCACAUCUCACUCCUAUUUGACAACAGUAGGUGCAUUUGCUGUGGUGUUGGACUUCAGCAUAGUAUGUUUGACAUACUGGAAAUCUUAUAUUCCUGUUGUAAUUAUGUACAUAAUCCAUGUAACUUAUUGUUUGACAGACAUAGAGAGGUUUUUCACAGCAGUCUAACUGACAUUCCUUAUAAUAGAGUGACUGGAAGGGAGAACAGCUACCUAUCCCUCAUCUUGAUAGCAAAUACUGUAAAAUUUUUGUAUUGGAAGGUCAGUGGCAUUUAAAACAAGGUGUCUUGUAAAUUAAUAUUUUAAGAAUCAUAUUAAAUAGUUUAAAAUUACUCUCUGGGAGUUCUGUAUAUCACACUAAAAUUUUUUAUAUUAUGUUAAUAAAAAUUAUUGACUAUUUGUAA